UAGUGCGAACGAAGCAAAGGAGUGGAUAUUCAUAACCUAAAAUGUAACAUAUAAAUUAAAAAUACAUAUUGUUUCAUAUUAAAAUAGAUAGUAAGUUUACAGGAUUCCACAAAAAAUCCUGGAUAGUCCUUAGGAUUUUCUAGAUUUAAAAAGGUUAGUUUUUAUUUCGAAGAUGCAACGGCGGCCAUCUUGUUAACUGCGUGUCUGCUGACUCCAAUCGUUUGUUAUUUCAAUAAUAGUUUCAGAUAUCAGGAAUCAUGGACAGCAGCUGUGCUAAAGUGUUUUCUUCCAACAUUACGCGGGUUGGUAGUGAUCAUGUGAAUUAUCUUUACGAUCUUUUAAAAGUGCAACCAGCAAUACCUCUUAAAAUUAAUGAUGUUAAAAAAACGACUUGCGAUUAUAUACCUAAAACAGAUAAGUGUUAUAUCCCAAAAAGAAAGUCACGAUUGAAAGUUAAAACUGUUAGAGAUAUCAGAAAAUCGUUUGAACAAGAUACAUAUGCCUAUCUUCUUACUGAUUUAGAAACACAACAAAAUAUUUUAUUUAAAAAAAUUAGACAUGGGUCGUCGGGUGACUGUAAUACAAAAAAAAUGGCAAAAAGCAUUUUAAGAGGUGAUACACCUGUUUCGAAAUCUACCUGGCAGAUGUUGAUUAAUCUUAAUCCAGAAGACCACAAAUAUCCACGUCAGUUUGUUUUAUGCGAUGGGAAAUUUAUUCAAGUGAACGGAAGUUUCGGGGGCAAUAGAAAAACCAUUUGCAAUUACGAUUUAGCAAACAAGAGUUUACCAGCACAGAACAUUAAAAUGAAAUUUCCUGGUGACAAUAAAGUAAACAGGAAAAAAAGCCUUUUACGCAACUCUUUAACCGUUAGAUUCAAACCAGGUCCCUUUUGCAGGAAAAAAAUUCUUGACACAUCCUACCAAAAAUAUCAUGUUGGGAACACUGAAUUAUUAGAUCUACCAAAACCAGGUAUCGAUAUAUUUCCAACAUAUGGUAUUGCGUUAGAACCAACAAUUACUAAUUUUUUAAAUAAUUUGCGUCACGAAGAUGGCACUAUUACCCGAAAAUGGGCUGAAUUAGCCGUGUCUGUUUUAGGCACAAUCGAAAAAUCUAAAGCAGUUCCACUAGAGAAGAAUUGCAUCACAUUUGAUUUAGCAUACAAGUAUAAUAAAAAAAAAUUACUAAUGCGCCGUGACUCAGAAAUAUUUUUGGAUAUGUCAGAGUCAAUAAAUAAAGAUUUACAGACACAAGAAACAGAUGUAGAAGCUGAAAUAGAAGAGAUGCUGAAGAAGAUCGUAGACUCUGUAGAAAUAAGUUUGGUUCAAGAUUCAUUUUUCGUUAAAGAAGAUAUUCUCAAACCAGUUUCAUGUAAAGAUAUGAAUAGCAUAGAUACUUUGCCAUUGGUAAAGGAUAAAUCAAAGAGGAAAUUUGGCGAACUAGACAGACUUGACGUUACAGUUAUUACUUUGCCGGAAACCGCACAACGUACUUCAUCACAAACUUGUUCAAAAAUGUACUGUGGUUUAGGUUGUAUCUGUGCAUCAUUAGCAGGCUCAUACAAUAUAAAGCAACACUGUGGGCGUGUAGAAUGCAUGUUCCAUUGUAAAUGCGAUUUUACUUAUAAAGGUGAUUUAUCAUGUGCAGAUGGUUCAAGUCUAUUUCCAGUGUUAUUCAAUAUAGAUAGUGAAAUGAACUUAAAUUUAGCAAAAGAAGAGCAAAAAUUUCAUCAAACUGUUAUUGUAGCUGGUGAAAAAAGAAUUUUGUUGAAAGGAGAAAAAAGAAAUUGGAAAACAUCAAAAAAGUACGCUGAUUUUUAUAGUAAUAUGAGCUUAAAGCAUGAACAUCAGAAAAAACGACAGCUAACUGUAGUAGCAUUGAAACUGAACUGUGAAAACAUUGAAUCUUGGUGCAUGGUUCAUAACUUGUACAAGUGCUUUUGUAAAGGUAGAUUUGUAGAAACUUGUGCUUCAUUGUCAAGCGAAGCAGUAGUCAAAGAGUCACCGCCUAUGGAUGCAAUAAGUAAUAGUGUUGAACAUUUAGAAGAAAACUUAAAAGAAACGAGUGAUAAAGACGAAAGUUUGGUACUAUCUACAAAAUCGGAACAAGUAAAUUCAGAAAAACAAUCGAAAUCAUAUUAUAACUCUCUUACUAAGCACAAUAAAGUUCAUUCAUUAAAAGACCUGGAUAACUCUUCAUAUGAUAUGAGUAUAAAACAAAAAACAAAGUACGAUCCUCUCGUAAAUAAAAUUAAAUAUAAAAAAGUAAUAACUAAAAAUAUACAAACUGAACAUGAAAGUUCAGUUCCAGAAUUUGUCAAUACACAGAGGGUUAUGGUAACAAGGCAUUCUAUUAAAAAGACAAAUGUGAAGGAAAACUGUCUCGUAAAUAAAGAAAAGCAACAUGAAACAUCUGAUUCAGAAAGUAAAGAUUCAGAUUCCUGGGGAGACCAAAGUAUGACAAGUUCAAGAACGAAUGCAUACGAAGGGAGGAAAUACAGCAAUGGCUAUUACAAAAACACUAAUUAUAAAAUAUUAAACAUGGAGAAAAAUGAUAAGAGGCUUCAGGAAAAACUAGCCAGUAUUCAUAGGAAAAUCUACGGAAAUGAACCUGUUAAACCACCAACAACCAACGAUGAUGCUGGUAUAUUGCAAUUACUUUGUGACCCUACUGUGAAUAAUGAAGAAAUGGAACCUAAAGCUAAAAGAAAGCGUUUAGGUAACACCAAACUUGUUGCGUGGUUAGAAACAAAUUAUAAAUUGUACAAAAAACGAAACGAUAAAGGCUUGAAGGAUUGUUUAGAAGCUCCACAGCAAGGGAAAGUGGCGUUACAUUCAUGGGAUUUUAUUUUAAAAAGAUAUAGAGAAAGAAAGAAUCUAUUUUUAGUAUCUAAUGUACCACCCUAUAGAAUUUUUAUGGCAGUAAAUACUCGCAAUCCAUUUUUCGCUAAUUGCAUCAAUAUAAAUGAUAUUCGUUUUGCGGAUCUAAAUAAAUAUCCACAAACUGUUAAAAAUUUACUUAUUAAUGCAUCUGACUUAAAAGAUAACUUCUGUAUUUUACGUGGACUAGCUUGUUGCUGGGAGCUAAUUGGGUCUGUUGCUAAAGUGAAUGAAAAUAGUGAACAGAAAGACAACGAAAACGAUGAAAUAUCACAAAUAAACAUAGAGACGUUCAAUGUGAAAUCAUCAGACAUGGAAUCUUCUAAAAUUGAGACCUUUAAUGUGAUACCGUGUUGUAGUAUAGAGACUUUUAAUCUGGAAUCGUCUAAUUUGGGUUCGCCUGACAUGGACUCUUUUAAUAUAAAUUCCCCUAACACAGAUUCAUGCGGCCUAGGGUCAUCUAACAUGAGAUCAUCUGAUAUUGAAUCAAUAAAUUUGGAAUCAUCUAGUGUUGAAUCGUUCAGUAUGGAUAAUGGUAGUUCUGAUUCAUUUAGAGUGGAAUCUGUUGAAACGAAAUCUACACAUAAGGAAUCUACAAACAAGGAAUCUACAAAUAAGGAAUCUACAAAUAAGGAAUCUACAAAAAAGGAAUCUACAACUACAAAAUCUACAAACACGGAAUCUACGAAUAUGGAAUCGUUAUCAGUAUGUAGUCAAGUUAAUUCAGGGACAAACAACAAAUCUUUGGCUGAGAAAAUUGAACACAAGGAUAUUUCUACUAAUGGCAAUACACUCUCUCCGUUAGAUGCUGGUUCAUCAAAAUGGUUUGUAAUGACUAUUGAACAUGAUUUUAGUGAAAUAAGGUUUUUCAAAAAAGGAUUCUUUGUUAAAUAUGAGAGUAUAAUAAAUGCAGUUAACGUUGCCCGACUAUCAGGAAAAACAGUAAGACUAUCGUCAAAAAAAUUUACACAAACUGAUCUGCCUCAAUUUGGUAUUUACGCUAUUCCCAAUAACAACGAAUACUGUGUGUUUGUUGGACCGUAUGAAAUGGAAGACCCUUUAGGUAUUGAAACUAUUAAAACUAUUUUGGACGUUAGAAGAAUGAAGAGAACCAGGGGUUUUUGGAUUACCACGAAUAAAAUCGACAAUCUGAAAGUAGUAGAAAACCCCUUGUCAUUUGUACCAUCAACAAAUAAUGAAAGUAAUAGCGCAAUGCCCUUAGAAACUCAUUUUCAGACAAACGACGACACAAAAAUAAUACAAAGAGAUGACAUAACAGAUGCACAAGACAGUAUUUCACCAAACAAGAUUGAAACGUCACCUUCUAAACCAGGAAUUAAAAUUGUAAAACCAAUUAAAAUUCGCAAAACUAAUGGCUUUUAUCAUCUAGCUUCAGAUGGUGUAUUGAAAAAAAUUGCUUUAAAAAGUUUUCGCAAAAAUCCAUCCAGCUCCAAGGCAGUGCCUGUCGUAAUAAAUAUUGAAGAAAGUAAUGGACCAUCUUUACUAAAACCUAACCUUUUUCCUAACGACUUCAAUCCUAAACCUGUCCCAGAAACAUCACAAGGGUUGGUUUCUGAACCUAUAUCUCAAAUAAAGAUAUCUUCUGUAUUUUCAACAAAAACACAUACAACUACCAAACCCGAAAGAGGAAUGUUUAUUUUAAAACCUGAAGAAAUCAACAGAAAGCUUGUCAAUAAUAAAUUAAUGACUGAAAUGCCUUCUAGAGAAGAGUGUGAAAUUAUCAAAGCAACUCAAAAGUAUAGUGUAUCAGCAUCAAACACAAAUAACAUUUCCACUCCUUCAGAUGAUGUUUGUAUAAUUUCUGACGACGAACACGAUAGUAGUGACCCUACAGAAAACUGCAAUUUUUGGUCUGAUAUAUGGAUUGAAUGUACAAGCGUUCCGAAUUUGGGCUGGAUUGCAGGAAUAAGAAAUUCGAAUAAUAUGAUCAGUUAUAAAUUACCAGAUUCCGAAUUUUCAGAUUUUUAUACUGAAGACGAAGCUUUUACAAGGAUUAACAUGGAAUUAUGUAAAAGGAUAAAUAGUCCCCUUGUUGACUUGAAGUGGAAAAUUAAUGAGUCGAAUGGAAAACUGAAAGGACAAGAAAUCAACCCUGAACAUUUGUAUCCGGACUAUACACUUACCCAAGAAGGACUGGUACACACAAGCGGUAUGUUAAAAAAAGAUAUGAAAAACAUAAAAACGUAUUCAAAAUCUCAAAUGAAAAGCAAAAAGAAUAUUUCGAAAUCCUCCAGUGACAUUGACAAGGUCGAUGUGCAGCCAAGAAAUGUAGAAAACAGUGAAGCAUCCAAAGAACAGCGGCAUUGAUAUUUUGACCAGGACUUUGGAACAAGCUGUUGCACAUAAUUAUGUACUUAUUAAACACAUUGACUGAUUGUUAAUUGAUGUGAACAACGUAGCAGGUACCUGCCUAUUAAGUUGAUUGGAAAUUUAGAAUCAAAUUAUCUCCGACUCUCCUAAAUCGUAUUUCGAGUUUAGUCGUUUGUGUACUAGUACUAGACAAGUAAAUUAGGUAAGUACCUACGUACGUGAACCGUCAGAUUUAAAGUCUAUAUUAUACCUUCAAUAGUAAUAAUCUAUAAUUAAAAGUUUUAUAUUUUGAAUAGAAGUCCAUAGGUACCUAUGUGCGUAUUCCAUUUAGUAUUUUCUUUAACACCAUUUACAUUCUUGAGAAAUCGACCCUGUUACAUUAUAGGUAUUUCCUGAACCUGAUUUAUAUGUAGGUAAAUAGUUAAAUACAUGUUUAUAUAAAAUGCAUAUAGGUACCUAGAUACAGGUUGCUUCAUAACGAGUGAAAAAAUGUUAACGCAAUAUGUGUACCUGAUGAAUUUUAUAAAAUUUUAAUAAGGAUUUUACAUAUUGAGUACUACGGAGACAAUUUUAACGAGUAUUAAGUAAGACCAAUGAUCAUUUUGCAUGUUGCUUAAUAUGUCGGUUAAAGUACGAUCGCGGAGCUCGAAGAAUUUUGUAAUAUUACAUACAAUGAACUUGUUCUCGGAUGGACUGAAAUGUGACAUGUUUCUUUAUUUACGGGGUGACGCAAAACACCAAUUAACCUUCUUCCUGCCCUUAUCUCAAGCUACUUGGGGUUGGCACAAUAGGUAUGUCUUAUAUUCCAUUAUCCCCUGUAUCGCAUUAUUAUAUAAUUAACUUUAUUCUCUUUCAUAUCAUUCUUCGCGUAAGUAAUGCUCUUUCCUUCCGUUGGUCUUAACUACAUUUCUCGAUCGCAAUCUCGCCCGUUCUUGGUCGAGAUUACACAACCAAUGACAUUGCGGACCGCGAUCGAGUUCACUUCGAGAGUUCGAUUCGACAUCUUGCACAAUAGCUUAGCUGUUCUUAAUUUGCUGUACAUCGCAUAAUCAACUACAAAUAUUUUCCGGUUACGCAUCUAUCUUUCAGUGAUUUCCACAGAAGCUCGUGAGAAAGCCAUCGACCAUGCCAUGUGCGUAAAGCAAGUUCUUAUGCGCAGCUUCAUCUUUUUGAAACACUUAUCAUAAAAAUAAAUAAACCAUUCGUCACCCUUCCACCAGCUAUAAAACAUUCUGGCUUUAAAUAGUUUUAUUCUCUUAUAUAUGUAUUCAUCUUAACCUCCUUAAUUUACUUACGCUCUAACUCAAUCACAUCACCUUUGCUUUUAAAUAUAGGUAGGUAGUACUAGCAUGUACUAGUAAACUUAGACCAUUCGUCAGGUCAUCGACAGUCGUCGCAUUUAUGCGAGCGACAUGACAUGGAGAGACAAGGCCAGAUAUAGUAGGUUGUUGUAAAAAUCUUCAUGCUCUACGACCGUACUUUUAUUUUAUCUACAAUAGAUACAAUCUCUUCCUCAAAUGUUACUUGGCUAACUGUUUUAAACUAAAUACUUACCGAAUGUUAAGAUUUAAAUAUAUAUAGUGUUUAUCAAUUGGCGUGAGAUUUAUCUGUCAAAUACGUGUGUUGUUAGUCAAAAUCCUAAUUUUAAAUAGAAAUAGUUUUAGGAAAUUAUAAAUAAGUAGCUGGUAAUAAUGUUAGUACGUCAUGUGUUUAGAUAAGACAUUUAAUUGUAAUAACAGCUAAAUAAGGCCCAUAUUCUAUCUCGCUUGGAGCUUUAGCUUAUAAGCAAAUAAUUAUAUUGUAACAGUUUUCAAGUAAUUCAUGAAGCAAUGCUAGAGUACGGGCUUGAAUAUAGCAUUUUGUUGUUGCUAAAACAAGUAUCUGUGAUAUUACGAAAUCAACACCUUGCAAUAAAGGAAUAACUUUUAUUUUUUGAAAGUCUGAUGUAAUUAUAUGUCUAAUCCAAUAUUUACUUAGUUUAUAGUUUGUUAAGAUAAACAUAGGCCAUCUAGGUAUGUAGUGUAUUUUUAGUAAUUUCAUUCCUUGAGUGCUGAUCUCAAACACGUCCUUUGACCUGCUCGGGGACUGGGAGCAAGAAAAUCCUUUCAAAAUUAAAUAUUUUUUUUGUCAAUCCAUAUUUUGUUAUGUUAAAACAUGUGUUUUGAAAUAUGGAUACGGGCCAAGUGUCAAGCAAUCACUAAUUCUCCUUCUUAUGAGUAUAUUUAAAUAUACCAAAUACGAUUGUGUGAAGUAUCUCUAGCUACUUUGUAAAAAAAUAUCAUUUGGAAUGGACACAAAUUAAAGAUAUUUUAUAAGAUACUUUUAUUUAUUUUUGGCAUAAAAUAAUAAUUAAACCUCAUUUCGGUAGUUAUGUUACAUUACAAACAUUUUAGUAUUCAUAAUAUUACCUUUCAGCAGAAGUUAGGUUCAUAAAUAUAUUGAUCAAUUUUGUAACAGCAUAACAUUUAAUUUUAUAACUUAGGAGCAUGAAUACUCGGGAUGUAAGGAUGGAUGAUGCAAGAACUUAAACUGCACCCACUUAUCUACAGGUCCUUAUAACUGACAAAAGAAAACUUAAUACCAUUCUAGAUAUUAUUUCCUAUACAGAAUAACUUAAAUAUGGAUGUAAAUUUCACAAUUAGUAAAACUUUUCUGUUUGCAACACCUAAAUUAUUAUAGUUAAAGCAUAACAGAACCGUUUCCAUACAAAGGAAAAAGUUCGGUCUAAUGUUGUUAUAACAUUGUAUUGCGCUUAGCAAAUUUUUUCAGAAUGAUAUGCAUAAAUAAAUAAAUUUGUAACGUCAUAAAUAUAACAAGAGCUAU